AUGUACAUCACUAACUAUCUCGUCAUAGGAUCAGCUCUGAACCUCAUUCUCGCCUUCGCCGUCUCCUUGAAACACAAGCUUCGCUUUGAACCUGAUGUCGCCUACUUGAGGACUUCAGCAGGCCUCAUUGGCCAUCUGGAUACGUUUGCUCUUGACGCGCACGAUAAUAGCGUUGUAUCACCGCACUCCAAAACGCCGUGGAAAUAUAUGGGAUCUAACCCCCGCAAACUAGUCAAGCGAUCCAAAAAGCCACUGGGACAUCUUCCAUUUGAGAUCCUCAUCCAUUUGUCUGCCUAUGUUGAAUCGUGCGUCAAAAAUGGUCACGCUAUCAUUGCCCCAAUAUCCAGGGUAAAUGACCAUGUUGUCACCCCGCUCAACGAAAUUUUGACUGGAACGGAGCGCAAGCUGGAUACGCCUCUACCCGCAGCUUAUAGUAUCGCUAUAUCACAGAUUUCCCUGGUGCCAAAUCUUGGGCAAAGAAGAAAUUACCUAAUCAUGAGCUAUGCUCAGAAUCUGGUCGGCGCAUACAUCAUUAUCGGCCUACUCUUCAUCAGCAGUGAGAUUGAAAAUCCCUUUGGUGAAGAUGUCAACGAUUUACCACUCACGGCAUUUUGUAGCCAAAUUGCCAAGGGAGCUUGA